GGUGGAAUUUACCUUUUCUUAAGUUAUCACAGUCUUCAAAUUCAGAAUAAUUUUCCAAAAUUAUUGUACAAUUGUAUUUCUUGAUCGACUUGUCUACAUGAAGUGUUUGGAUUAUUGUAUAGUUGUAACUAUUGUUAAAGAAAUCAUCUACCAAAUUCAGUAUGUGUUUCCCAAGACUGAAAGCAAAUAAGUUUGCCAAAAUCCCCCUGAAGAAGUAGAUUUGAAGUUCAUUAGCAUUUAACAGAAAUGAGGAUAGAAUUCGUCUGGAACUAAUCCACACUACUCAAAAACAAGUCAGUCAAGAAUUUCAGGGGAAAUUUAUACUUGAAAUACUCUCUUUUCUUGCAAGGUCACAAAUACUUGAGGAAGUGAGUUCAUCACCCAGAAUCCCAACAGGCUGACUGCAAAGACAAACAUUGAUAUUUUGGAUGCUGUUUUGAAAAUUCUCACUUUUUAUACUAAUGACCGUUCAAAGUUACUUAAAAACUUCUCAUAGUUGCUUAAUACCUUCUACAGAACUCUCCAAGUGCUUAGAAAAUACUUUUGAUGACCUCUGAUCGCUCAUUUUUAAAUUUGAAAAUAAGAAACUUUCAGAACAGAUUCCUUGAAACACUUAAUUUUAACCAAACAUCUCUGGCCCAAACAGAGUUCAAGGCCCCAGCUGCUGUCACACUGGAUCUCUGCUCCUCUUCUAGUAUAUAUUCACAAGUCAGACGUUUCUAAUAGAGACAGUAAACACACUGGGAAACAAGCAGCUUUCAGGAGCUUUUGCUUCUGCUACACAACCACAACAAAAGUCCUCCUGACACUCAGCAGCAAUCUCCGCAGUACCCUUUGCUAUUAAACCAGAAUUUAUUGUUCAGAGGAUUUUGAAUAGAGGCUGAUCUCAGCUGCAGUCACUGUAAUCACCUUGUAAGCUAAGAGUUUGCUGGUUACAUCUGGAGAUCCCACUGCUUCCAAUUACAGUCAUUUCUCAUGAAAUUGCUGUUACCAUGAAAACCCCAACAGCGCUCAGGCAGUGAUGCAACAUAAAGCAGUAGGAAAGGGGUGUCAAAUAAGAGGGAAGUAAACCAGUGCUGAGCACUGUCUGUCAGUGCUGCUGUGCAUGUUCUUUUCUGAAAGCACUCCAAAGCUGCAGCUGAAAGAAAAUGUUAGGAGAGAAGGAACUUUGAAAGUGCAAACAAGAAUAGGUUUCACUUUCUGAGAAGUCACAAUAUAGCUAAAAAAUUGGGUAUAUGGUAAGUCUCAAAAUGGACAAGUUGGAAAGGGGUUCUGGAAUCAGGAGAAAUACCUUGGUUAGGUCUCAGCAAACAGCAACCACACCUCUGAGGCAACUGUUCCCAGGUCCUUCUGUGUCCUGGCAGCACACAGCAGAACUGACAACUGCUGCACAAAUGGCUGCUUGGGCCUGGGCAGAUGAGCAGGCAGACCAGGUCCAACGGGAGAAGAUCUGAGAGUCUGAGCAGAGAGGAGGGAGAAUCUGGUGCCAGAACAGGAGUUUCCUAAAAGACCAUGACCAAAUGUAUGAUAUUUUAAAGUACAUUUCGAAAGUAGAAGUGCUAUUGUCUGUGUUCUCAAGCAAAGUUCCCAAUUCAACUAACCAAACUACUGUAAUCCGGAUGAAUACUGAGCUUGGCAGAGCUCUGGUAAAUAUGAAUUCUUCAGCCAGCAGUGGUGCACAAAAGAGGAAACUUGAGGGUGAGCUCCAGCUUUCUUAG